GGGCAUUCGCCACCACCUCUCCCUAUUUUCUGGCAGCGCCCAAUUCGGCAGCAGAGCCAAAGCACGCAGGAUAUGGGUGAAAAAACAACUGAUUUCUCUGUGAGGCUGGACUGAGAGCAACACAGCUCUCAUGUCUCAUCUGCAGAGAGCCUAGUUGGACUAGAUUUACCGCUAAUCCAGCAUAAGAGAGCACGCAGAAACAAGCUGCCGGACUGUGCAUCUUUCCUUUUUUCUCGUUUUGCUGAAAAGCCCGUUAGACGUUGAGUUCUGGCCUCUUUGAGGAUGUGAGGAUGCCAUCUUUCUAGGCACUUGGAAAAAGAAGCCGCUUGUGCCGGACGUUCAUGGCCAAAUGUAGGGUGGUGGUGGCUGAGGAAAAGCAGUUCACGAUGUCGGCCACUCAGGGCAUGAACCGCAGCGGGGUCUACAACUACUUCCUCAACAUGGUGGCCUAUCAGAUAUGCUGCUGCUGUGGGCCGGCUCCCUGCUCGCUCUGCUGUGCCUUCUGCCCUCCGGUCAAAUCCUCCACCAGCACGCGGGUCAUGUACACGCUUUUUCACAUAAUGAGUUGUGCGGUCUCCUGCCUCAUGCUGUCCCGCACGGUCUCCGAGCUCGUCAGGGAAAAUGUGCCUUUCUUCAACGUGGUGUGUGACCAGGCGCACGGCGGGGGCCACUGUGAGAUGUUGGUGGGCUACUCUGCGGUCUAUCGAGUCUGCUUCGGCACUUCCUCUUUCUACCUGAUGAUGGCGAUGUUCCUCAUUGACGUGAAGUCCAGUCAGGACUUCAGAGCACUCAUACACAACGGCUUCUGGUUCCUUAAGUUCAUCACACUGCUGGGAAUGUGCACUGCUGCCUUCUUCAUCCCAACAGAGUCCUUCCUACAUGCUUGGCAUUAUGUUGGUGUGGUGGGAGGAUUCGCCUUCAUCUUGAUUCAGCUCAUCCUCAUCACAGCGUUUGCACAUACCUGGAACAAGAACUGGUUGACUGGAGCAGCAGAAAACAAGCGCUGGUACCUGGCAGUGAUGUGCGCCACCCUGUUCUUCUACACCAUUGCCACUAUGGCCUUCACCUUCAUGUACAAGUACUACACCCACCCCAUUGCCUGCCACUUCAACAAAGUCCUGCUGUGGAUCAACCUGGGACUCUGUGGUCUCAUGUCCUUCAUUGCCGUCACACCGUGUGUGAAACAGAAACAGCCUCGGUCUGGGCUCCUUCAGGCCUCCAUCAUCAGCUGUUAUGUCAUGUACCUCACGUUCUCUGCGCUGUCCAGCCGUCCACCAGAGAAAGUUGUGUACCAGGGCAUGAACAUGACCGUCUGUUACCCCAGCGUGGGACAAGAUGGCAUCCAGAAAGAAGGCAACGCUGUGGCCAUAAUUGGAGCUGCCAUCAUGUACUGCUGUGUGCUCUUUGCAUGUAAUGAAGCUUCCUACCUGGCAGAGGUGUUCGGGCCAUUUUGGAUGAUCAAAGUUUACCGCUAUGAGUUCCAGAAAGCUACAUGCUGCUUCUGCUGCCCUGAAGAAGAAGAAGCUGAAGAAGACUUUGCGAUUGAUGACGAGAACAAAGGCUGUCAGAAGGUUAUUCACAACGAGACGCAGAGGGUGGCUUACAGCUACUUCUUCUUUCAUUUUGUCUUCUUCCUGGCCUCGCUGUACGUCAUGAUGACCCUCACUAACUGGUUCAGUUACGAGUCAGCAGUGCUGGAGACCACUUUCACCCACGGCAGCUGGUCUACCUUCUGGGUGAAGAUGUCGUCCUGCUGGGCCUGUGUGAUCCUCUACCUCUGGCUCCUGCUGGGCCCUUUGUGCAGCUGUCAGAACGAAUCCAGACCUCGCCGCUCGCGCAUCAAACGCCGCUCGACGUCAUCCCGCCAUGUCACCGUCAGUGUCUGACACUCAGGAAGUAGCCUGGCAGGAGGGAAGUCGACAUCUUUCAGAGUGGACAAGAGGUCAGGUGUCGGAGGGCCUCCCCGUGUUGCCCAGCAGGAGGAAAUUUCGAGGCGUGGAGGUCACUGGGGUCAGGGGUCAAAGACUCACGGUGUUGUGAGAGAAACCCACGGGUGGUGCCCCUGCUGACAUGUGAAGAACUGGGCACAGGCCUGAUGUCACAGGCCUGACACCCUAAACCACUAACAAAGACGUAACUGUGGUUUAGAAGCACAUUACAAUAUGAAUUGCCAAAGGGAUCAGAAGUGAACUCUCACUCAGUAUACUGGGAAUCGCAGUAAGAGGGUAGGUGUAAAGAUUUUGAAUGUUUAAUUUUAGUAUUUUUAUUAUUUUUGCAGUAUGUAGACACUUAAAAUUGUAACAGAGAACACUGUUUAUGUAUUUGCUAGAUUACUAUUUCAGAGGCGCAUGUCCCUAACAUUUAAAACUUUUUCAUGUAUAUCAAAUAAAGAAUUUGCCCUAAAGCACAGAGCCUUUUUAGCCCUCUGACAAAUAAUUGAGGGUUAUGGAGCAUGAACAAAUCUUUCAAAUCCUGCAAAAACACAAACAGUUUAAAAACUACCUAUAAAGCAACACGUUUUCCUACCGACACAUUUACAGUUCAAUCUGUGCAGUAACUUUGAAUCUUUUUGUACAUCUAAACUCUCUCCUCCGCAUACAACUGCAAACCUGAAAAAAAGGUCACAUUACACAUAACUACACUUGACCCACUCAUCUUUCAUCUAAAAUAAUGUUAUAAUUUAGUUUUAAUGUUUUCAUGCAUACAUACAAACAAGCAUAAUCCAGUCAUCUUGAAAGAAAGAAAAAUGCACGAGACUGGCUCCAUAAAAAACAACAGACCCAUGUGAAAAUCUUCAAAUUUACAUCAUUAAUAACUAACCUUUUAUCUUUUAUUAUCCAAUUUUUAAUUAAAAUUUACAUUUUAUUAAACCUUGAUCUCUCCUAAUUCCGCUCAGUGAAGUAGACCUGGCUCCUUGCUAACAAAGUUUGCUAGCAUUAGUUGAUAACUUAGGAUGUAGAUAGUGAUGGUGGAGACACCAAACGUAACUUUCGAUACACGCCUUUUACGCUCAUAAAAGUAGACGUCCAUGUCUGAGAGUGAAAACGAUGUAGACGCUCCACAAACAUGCCUCGAUGUCUUUAGUGGUCGGUGCAGGGCGUAACUGCUAUAGCAGUAGCAUAGCAGUAAUCAGCUCCUUCAUUGUGAGGCCAGUUACCACUUCCUGAUGUGUGUGGUUGCCAGUCCAACAUGAGGGAUUCUCCUGUCUCGGUUCACCAGAUGGUAGCUGCAAACACACCCUAAAAAACCCGUUCUUUUUAGCUUAACAUCUUGAUUAGAAAUCGCUAACGCAUUAGCCUAGCCUAGCUUUUCCCCAUGCUGCAAGUUGUAAAGGUAAGCUAAAGCCAGUAAACUUCUGGCUUUAGUUUGUUAAUGCACAGACACAAAAGUGUUGGUGAUCUUCUCAAUAAACGUGUCAAAACGAA